CGCUGCGUUGCGGUCUCGUCGGCGGGAGGUUCGUUCCGACUGCGUUCUUCUCCGACGGACGCCGCCGCUCCAUCCGACGUCUCGGUGAGCUCCGGGUACAGCGCGAGCCGCCCAGAAUCUACGCACCUUUUCCGCAUUGUAGUCGACACCCCACCAUUUGUGUAUCACUAUGGGUCUCAAGAAGGUGAUCAAGUGGGCCCUGGUAUGCGGCCAGCGAAAGAUGCAGCCUAAGAAGUCACCCACGCACUUCGUCUGCAGCAAGAUGUACAGCGACGGCAAUCGUCAGACACGUCGGCUUCUGGUUCUGCUAGAAGACCUGCGGCAGCUGUACGCCAGUUCGUGGGGCAAUGUCAUGGCUAGCCUGGAGACGUGCUUCGACGCAAUGCAGGGCCGCGAGCCGGGUCUCCUGAAGAGCAUGUGCUCCGUGGUGCUGCUAUGGGUGCAACUGGGCGACACAGUGGCCAAGGAUUUCGACCCCGACCUGUGGCAUCAACCGACGCUGCAGAGCAUCAACGACCUCAACGACGCCCUCCUGCGACUCUGGAAGGUUGCCAUGGACAAGACGGCCGAACUCGUCUACAAGAUCAUUCCCGGGACGACGCCGGACGUUGCCAUGGUGAUCGAGAAGGAGUACCAGGCGUGUCGCCAAGAGACGUGGACGCUGUUUCAGGUGACCCCCGAGACGCUCGAGAACUACGUGGACACGCUCAAGAUGUACACGAGCAACACGUCCAUCUGGCAUCUGGACGAGCGCAAGUUCCUCAACACGGACGCCACCUUGGUCAAGUCGCUGAGCCAGUUGAACAUCGCAGCCUCCUAACCCUAGCUCUCGAGGAAGGCCCGCUAGCCGCCAUUGCGGAACCGUCGCAUAGAUAGUGACCGACUAGACUGAAAUAACGAUCCAGCUAGUCCUACUAAUUUAAACCUCAUUGAGCAAAUGCCAAAGCAUGAAAAACCGACCGCAUGCAAAGUAGCGAGCAUGAACGCGCGCAUCCUCCGUUGUCACGUAUAGUGGUAACCGUCGCGGCAUGCUCGUUUAAUAUGUUCAUUGACAUUGAAGAUCACGAGCCAUAUCGAUUGAUUUUCUGCAAACUGCACGUUUCCUUUAACCGCUGAUUAGACAGAUGUUCCGUGGGAAAAGAUUUGUAAAAAAAUAAGAAAUUGAAACCGAAAAGGUUUUUGAACCUCAUAUACCUGGACAAAGAAACAAGUGUGGAAAAAGUCUAGAUUUAGUCAUUUUUCGGGUCAUUCUUAAUAUAAUUCCUUGUGAGGCGCCAUUUCGCUUGAAGAUAUUAAAAAACAAGAAACAAAUGCAAUCUAAGACUACUCGUAAUAGAGAUAUUCUCGUGCUAGUGAGAAAAAAAAGUGUAUAUCACAAGGUAAAAUGACUUCUUUUAGAUUUUAAACUGUAGCGUUGAUUUGCAUGACAACGAAUGAUAGGUACGUGAUCCUUCGUAAGUUCUCCGGGUUUUUAAAAUUUUACCAAAGACUUAUGGAAAGGACAACAAGCCCAAGUCACAUCGACACCUUCGUGACACGCCACUUUUCGCACGACAAGUGAGACCAGUGCCGUUCUGGACCGGAACGCCGCUGGUACACCCUGUAAAUAAAAACUGCCACCGAACUUCGUGAUGCGCUAUGCAACGCUGCCGCGUGCCGCCAUAUUUGUACAAAGUCGGUCGUUUCGUCCGCGUCUGUGUGUAUGCAUCGAUCUGUGAUUGUAUAUGUGUGGAUUUUGUCUGAAUGCGUAAUAAAGGAUACUAAACAACAAAAC